AUGCGGAUCAUCCACGGAGCGGGAUACUCAGACGAGGACAAGAGGGGCUUCAUCCGCCUGGUCUAUCAGAACAUCUUCAUCUCCAUGCAGUCCAUGAUCCGGGCCACCGAGAACCUCAAGAUCCCCUUCAAGUUUGAGGAGAACAGGGCUAACGCGGGGCUGGUGAAGGAGGUGGACAUAGAGAAGAUCGGCGGCUUCGAUGAGCCGCACAUCUCGGCCAUCAGGACCCUGUGGUCAGACCCCGGGAUCCAAGAGGCUUACGACCGGCGGAGAGAGUACCAGCUGUCCGACUCCACCAAAUAUUACCUGAACGAUCUGGAGCGGGUGACUGCUCCAGGUUACGUCCCCACGCAGCAGGACGUGCUGAGGGUGCGCGUGCCCACCACGGGGAUCAUAGAGUACCCUUUUGACCUGGAGAACGUCAUCUUCAGUUAUCUUUCGGAUCUGGAGCGAAUUUCAGAUCCCAACUAUCUUCCUACGCAACAGGAUGUGCUAAGAGUGCGCAUCCCGACCACAGGAAUCAUAGAGUACCCCUUCGACUUGCAAAGCAUCAUUUUCAGGAUGGUGGAUGUGGGGGGUCAGCGGUCCGAGAGGAGGAAGUGGAUCCACUGCUUUGAGAAUGUGACGUCCAUCAUGUUCCUGGUGGCUCUGAGCGAGUACGACCAGGUCCUGGUGGAGUCCGACAACGAGAACCGCAUGGAGGAAAGCAAAGCGCUGUUUCGGACCAUCAUCACCUACCCCUGGUUCCAGAACUCCUCCGUCAUCCUCUUCCUCAACAAGAAGGACCUGCUCGAGGAGAAGAUCUCUUACUCUCAUUUAGUGGACUACUUUCCCGAAUUUGAUGGUCCCCAGAGAGACCCGCAGGCCGCCCGGGAGUUCAUCCUCAAAAUGUUUGUGGACUUAAACCCCGACAGUGACAAGAUAAUCUACUCCCACUUCACAUGUGCCACGGACACUGAGAACAUCCGCUUUGUGUUUGCUGCGGUCAAAGACACCAUCCUACAGCUAAACCUCAAGGAGUACAACCUGGUGUAG